AUGCCUCCGACUUUGAGGGAGACGGCGGUGCUGGAUGGGCACUUGGAUCGCGUGUGGAGUGUGAGUUGGAAUCCUGCUGGAACGUUACUGGCAUCCUGUGGUGGAGAUAAAAAUAUUCGAAUAUGGGGUGAAGAAGGCGAUCAUUGGGUCUGCAAAUCAGAACUGGAGGGAAGUCAUUCAAGAACUAUUAGAAGUGUUGCAUGGUCGCCUUGUGGCACAAAGCUUGCAUCAGCUAGUUUUGAUGGUACAGCAUGCAUCUGGAAGGCAUCACAAAAUGAUUUUGAAUUGGUUACUACCCUGGAAGGCCAUGAGAACGAAGUCAAAUCAGUCUCCUGGUCGCCAUCAGGAUCUCUCCUAUCAACAUGCAGUAGAGACAAGAGCGUGUGGAUAUGGGAAGUUACAGAAGACGAAGAGUACGAAUGUGCCAGUGUCUUGACCGAUCACAAGCAGGACGUAAAGAACGUGAAGUGGCAUCCACAGCUGGAGACUUUGAGCUCUUGUGGAUACGAUGAUAUCAUCAAGAUGUACAAGGAAGAUGAAGACGACUGGUAUUGCUAUGACACACUGGUGGGACACGAAUCUACAGUCUGGUCAAUAACAUUCGACCAGUCGGGAAAUCGACUAGCAUCUUGUAGUGACGACAAAACCGUCAAAAUCUGGCAGGCUUACCACCCUGGAAAUCAAGAAGGUGUUGUUACAUCGGGGAACAAUCCUAAAUGGAAAUGUAUAUGUACAGUGAGCGGACAUCACUCACGAACAAUAUUCGACAUCGACUGGUCACCAUCGGGAGUGUUGGCCACUGCUUCGGGAGAUAACACGAUUCGCCUGUUUCAAGAGGAUGAGUCCACAUCGCAAGAUUCCAGAAAUCAGCCAUCAUUUAGCGUCACUGUUUCAGUUGACAAAGCACACAGUCAAGAUGUCAAUUCGGUGUCCUGGAACCCCAAACGUCCAGACCUACUCGCGUCGGCGUCGGACGACAACUCGAUCAAAUUGUGGACAUACAGUACAUAGUCACACAGUACAUAGUCACACAGUACAUAGUCA